CCGAAGCAGGAAAUGGCAAUUCCCGUUUCCUGGGAUUCAUUUUCUCUGUCUCAUCCACUCUUUCAUUUAUCAGUUCGUAAUCUAUCAAAUGGAAAUUCAAUUCCUAGGAAGAAUAAGUGGCUUUGUUUGGCUUCAUCACAACUGAGCCCUGUUGGAUCAGAGGUGUCGUUUUGUGUUGGAACUCAUCUCAUCCCUCAUCCCAACAAGAUUGAGAGAGGAGGGGAAGAUGCGUUCUUUGUGAGCAAGUACAAUGGGGGAGUAAUUGCUGUUGCUGAUGGUGUAUCUGGUUGGGCUGAGCAGAAUGUGGAUCCUUCAUUAUUCCCUCAGGAGCUGAUGGCUAAUGCUUCAUGUCUCGUGGGGGAUGAGGAGGUUAACGAUGACCCCAAGAUUCUCUUAGGGAAAGCACAUGCUGCUACUUCCUCCACAGGUUCAGCUACUGUAAUUGUUGCCAUGCUGGAGAGGAAUGGAUUGCUAAAGAUUGCCAAUGUUGGGGAUUGUGGACUAAGGGUUGUCCGUGGAGGUCAAAUGAUUUUUUCCACUCCUACUCAGGAACAUUAUUUUGAUUGUCCUUAUCAAUUAAGCUCAGAAAUGGUUGGGCAGACAUACCUUGAUGCAAUGGUUAGCAGUAUGGAAUUAAUGGAGGGAGACACCAUUGUGAUGGGCUCAGAUGGUCUCUUUGACAAUGUUUUUGACAAUGAGAUUGUUUCGACAAUUGCUAGAUACGAUAGUGUAGCUGAGGCUGCAAAGGCAUUAGCUAACCUAGCAAGAACUCAUGCAAUGGACUCAGAAUUUGAAUCCCCUUAUGCACUGGAAGGCAGAUCCAAGGGUAUUGAUGUUCCAUUUUGGAAGAAAAUUCUCGGGAUGAAGCUUGCAGGUGGAAAGCUCGAUGAUAUUACUGUGAUUGUCGGCCGAGUUGUAAGGUCAUGAGGAAUACAAGGUGUGUUCAAAGUCUACCAAAAAUAGAUCUGAUACCAUAAAAUUCCACGAAAGAUUUUGUAAAGUACUUUAUGCAAUCUUUGGGACAUCUUGAAGUGUAGUCUGAUGCCCUUCACCAAUCAAAUAUAAAACCUGGGAAAAAGUAUGAUAGCUUGAAUUGCUUGAGACUUGAGAAAUUAACAAUGCCUCUCUGCAGAUUUCUCCUUUUUUCGAA